GUUUUGGUUGUUUUAGAGUUAAACAAUGUAGAAUUCAAAAUUAAGAAAACAUCUUUAUACUAAAAAAUUAAUUCAAAAAUGAAUUGCACUACAAUCACUUUAAAUAAUUUGAUAUUAUCUAUGUGCAGUUGAUUCGAGUGUAUACCAUUAGUUGUUGUAGCUAUUUCUAUCUCCGUCUAUGUGCAAUUUUAUUAUUUGUGGCAUAUAUAAUGUUAUCCUAGCAGAUGGAAAUUUCAUUCUAUUAUCGGUGAUAUAGAAACAAAUUGUCUUGCAACCAUGAAAACUGUUUUAAUGGUAGCAGAAAAGCCAUCUUUGGCUGCAUCAUUAGCAAAUAUACUGAGCAAUGGGCGUAGUAAUUCAAGAAAAAGUAUGAAUUCUGCUUGUCCUGUGCAUGAGUGGUCUGGAACACUUUUUGGAGAAUCAGUGAUCUUUAAAAUGACUUCUGUUUGUGGUCAUGUUAUGACUUUAGACUUCAACAGUAAAUUCAAUAAUUGGGAUAAAGUUGAUCCAGAAGAGCUUUUCUCUUGUCCAACUGAAAAAAAAGAAGCAUCUCCUAAGUUGCGUAUUCCAGCUAUGUUAGCAUGUGAAGCACGUGGCGUGGAUUAUUUAGUAUUAUGGUUAGAUUGUGAUAAAGAAGGUGAGAAUAUAUGUUUUGAAGUCAUUGAUGCUGUUAAAAGUUCUAUGAAACGUUCUGGUGAAGUAAAUAGAAUUUGGAGAGCAAAAUUUUCUGCUAUUACAGCUAAAGAUAUUAAAGCAGCUAUGGAAAGAUUAGAUUUUCCUAAUCGCAAUGAAGCCAUGAGUGUUGAUGCCAGACAAGAACUUGAUCUACGUAUUGGUUGUUCAUUUACUCGUUUUCAAACUAAAUACUUCCAAGGAAAGUAUGGAGAUCUAGAUUCUUCUUUAAUAUCUUACGGUCCAUGUCAAACACCAACAUUAGGCUUUUGUGUUCAACGGCAUGAUGAAAUUCGAAGAUUUAAGCCUGAACCAUAUUGGGUUAUUCAAGUUACUAUUCAAUCAAAAGAUGGACAAGAUGUAGUUCUUCAUUGGGAAAAGGGUCGUUGUUUUGAACGUGAUACUUCUAAUAGCUUACUUCAAGCAUUAAAAAAACAUCAAGUUGCAAUUGUUGUCUCUAUAUCCCAACAAGAAAAAUCCACUCAACGUCCUUUGGCUUUGAAUUCUGUUGAGCUUAUGCGAGCCGCCAGUACUGGAUUGGGAAUGGGUCCCCAUCAUGCAAUGCAAUUAGCUGAGCGGCUUUAUACCCAAGGAUAUAUAAGCUAUCCAAGAACAGAAACUUCUCAUUACUCGGAUAAUUUUGAUUUGCUCGGUGUAAUGAGAACUCUUCAGAAAAGUUCUGAAUGGGGUCAAGAAAUUCGUCAAGUACUAAAUAAUGGUUUAACCAGACCAAGAAAUGGUAAAGAUUGUGGUGAUCACCCACCUAUAACUCCUACCAUGUUAGCAUCUCGUAAUGAAUUAGAUGGAGAUUCAUGGAAACUUUACGAUUUCAUUGUUCGACAUUUUGUUGCUACUAUAUCAAAAGAUUGUAGGUUUUACUCUAAAACAGUAACUUUUAAAAUUGGUUCUGAAACUUUCACAUAUAACUGGCGAACAUUAAUUGAUGCUGGAUUUACUGCCAUUACUCCAUGGAAAGCAUUGCCUAAAAAUGAAUUGGCAGUAAAUUUUGAAAGGGAUGAAAAACUUAAUAUUAAAGAUGCUAGACUUACCGAUCAUAUGACUAGUCCUCCAGGUUAUCUUACAGAAUCAGAACUAAUAUCAAUGAUGGAAAAACAUGGAAUUGGGACUGAUGCAUCUAUUCCUGUUCAUAUUAAUAACAUAUCACAGCGUAAUUAUGUUACUGUUGCUUCUGGUCGAAGACUAGUUCCCACUAAUUUGGGUAUUGUCUUAGUACAUGGAUAUCAAAAGAUUGAUAAACAAUUGGUAGAGCCAACAAUGCGAUCUACCAUUGAAGAUCAGUUGAAUCUAAUAGCCAAAGGUGAAGCUAAUUAUGAUCGUGUUCUUAGACAAACUAUUGAAGCUUUUCGUCAAAAAUAUUUGUAUUUUGUAAAGUCUAUUGAAGCUAUGGAUUCUCUGUUUGAAGUUUCAUUUACUACAUUAGCCGCUUCAGGAAAAGCACUUUCUAGAUGUGGAAAGUGUCGACGUUACAUGAAACUUAUUUUAGCUAAACCAUCUCGUUUGCACUGUUCACAUUGUGAUGAAACAUACAACUUGCCCCAAAAUGGAAAUAUAAGAAUUUAUAAAGAACUAAAAUGUCCAUUAGAUGACUUUGAAUUGGUUACAUGGUCUACAGGCAAUAAAGGACGAAGUUAUCCAUUAUGUCCAUAUUGUUAUAAUCAGCCUGCAUUUAGAGACAUGAAAAAACAUAGUGGCUGUAAUCUAUGUCUUCAUCCUACUUGUCCACAAGGAUUCUAUGUAAAUGGCAUUGCUAGUUGUUUGCAGUGUGAUAGUGGAGUAUUAGUAUUAGAUCCUUCAUCUGGGCCUAAAUGGAAAGUUGGUUGUAACAAAUGUGAUGUAAUAUUCCAUUUAUUUGAGGAUGCUCACAAAAUUACUGUCGAAGAAAAUAAAGAAUGUGAUUGUGGAGCACAGUUAUUAAAAAUUGAGUAUAAAGAGGAACGUACUCGACUUCCUCGUGAUCUUAUUGAGAUGACUGGUUGUUUAUUUUGCUGUGAUGAGUUUGGAUAUUUAGUAGAAAAAUUUAGAGCUCAAGCGUCUAAGCCAGUAUUUAACAGUCGCCAGGGACGUGGAAAAGCUAAGCAUAAGGGUAAAGGUAAACCAAAACCUCCUAAAGAUAAAAUGGCACAGUUGGCAUCUUAUUUUGUAUAAGAAAGAAAACAGGUAUAAUGGCCUAAAUAUAUAAAUUAUAAAAAUAAUUAAAUUUACUUCAGUUAUGUAUUUGAUAUGAUACAAUAUAUUUUAAAA